ACAAUGUUAUUUCGAUAUUUUCAUUUUACCUUUUGAUAAGUUUUGAAAUUAGAAAAACAACAAAUGUUUGAAUUUUAUUAAAUAAAAAUAAAGAUUAUCUCUACAUUAAAUAACUAAAAUGAUAGAUAUCGAGAAAACUUGUCGGACUUGUAUGAAAAGCGAUGUUUCUUUGGUGGAUUUGUUUGGUCCUAUUAAAAUUGAGAAUAAUAGUACUUUAAAACUGGCAGAUGCGUUAAUGGAAGCUACUCCUUUACAGAUAGCCAAAGAAGACGGCCUCCCACAAAACCUCUGUGACGAAUGUGUGAAAGCAUUACAAAUAAUGCAUAUAUUUAGAACGCAAGCUCUCCAUGUCGAGAGUGAAUUAAGAAAACUAAUUCUUUCAAGUGCUGCUAUAAAAAAUGAAGAAAAUGACUAUGACUUAAAAAAUGAAUUUGAUUACAUGGAUGAUUACGAUGAUUUUAGAAUUAAUGAUGUACUGUCGAAUGAAGAAACAAAAGACAAAACCACAUACAGCUGCAAUACAUGUAAAAAAAAGUAUACAAACUAUGAAAAAUAUUUAAAACACAAAUCAGUCCACGAACCGACUAAAUCAUGUCCAAAUUGUAACAAAAAGUUUUACAGGAAGUCUUUAUUAAGGGAACAUAUGAAUAAGAGUUGUGAGCCUAGUGAUAGUAACAUUGAAUCUCUAGGAGCUGACAUUGAAGAAGAUUUAGACAUUAAAGUUAAGUUGGAAGAUGAAGAACAUAAAUGUCCAGAAUGUUCUAUAACUUUUCAAUCACAAAAAUAUUUACUGUUACAUUUAAAAGAGCAUAAGAAAACGGAUUUGGUGGAACAGAAACUCAUAGACUCAAUACAAGAACACAACGGAACCAUAGACAAUCUAGAGGCAGAAAUAAAAAUAGAAAGUUCCACUGAUCAGUUUAAAUGUUCACAAUGCAAUCUUGUAUUUGAAAAGUAUAGGUCUCUUAUAUCACACUCGAAGAAACACAAGAAUCUUUCUAAGAAUGGAAUUUUUAAAUGCAACUACUGUGAUAGAGGAUUUUCCUCUAAAGGACCUCUCAAGAGGCAUUUGUUACUUCACUCCCAAGAAAGACCAUUCAAAUGCACGAAAUGUCCAAAGUGCUAUGUUCGCAGGGAUGCUCUUGUUGCUCAUAUGCGUAAACAUAGUGAUGUUAAGAGGUACACCUGUGAACAUUGUAAUAAAGCAUUUAUCCAGCUAUGUACUUUAAAGGAUCACAUCAGAACUCAUACAGGAGAGACUCCAUUCCUCUGCUCUGAGUGUGGGAGAGGCUUUAAAAACAGUUCCAAUCUGAGACAGCACUUAGCACGUCAUUCGGGACUCAAACCAUUUGCAUGUAAUCUGUGUCCUAAGACAUUUUGUACCAAAGGCCAAAUGAAAUGUCACAUGGUGUCACACACAGGUGUUCAACCGUACAAAUGUAAUGAGUGUGGAGCAUCUUUCACAAAGGCAAACUCUUUGAAAAAACAUAAAUUAAUACACCUUGGAUUAAAACCUUUUGCUUGUGAUAAUUGCAACAUGAGGUUCACGGCGAAGGACCACCUGACGCGCCACGUGCGCACGCACACGGGCGAGAAGCCGUACCGCUGCCCGCACUGCGCGCGCGCCUUCACGCAGAGCAACGACCUCGCCAAGCACGUGCGCGCGCACGUCGGGCAGAACAUCUACCAAUGCACAGUUUGCCAAGCCAGAUUCAGGCUAAUGAGAGAAUUAAGGCUUCACUACCCCGUUCAUUACGCCGGCACCGAAUCCGCAGCACUCACCGACAAGGAGGAGCCCUUAGUCAUACUAAAAGGAUGUUCUGAUUCUAACAUCGAUAAUAAUAUCGAUAAAACGGCCACAGACGCACAAAUAACUAUUACGUUUAAUAGAAAUAUUCUCGAUAAAGAUGGUACUGGUGAUAUUACUAUAAAUAUUGGGCCUGAAAAGAUUAAUUAGUGGGUUGCUUUUGGCAACGUAUACCAAAGGACAUAAAAAAUAAUGUAUACUCUAUUCCGAUCGAAGGAGUACCUAAACAAACCUUAGAUUUACAUAUUAUAAGUUUCUAGGCUCAUAAGUAUGCUAUAUUAUGCAUAACAAACAGUUCUUGAUCUUUAAUAAUAAUUGCGACAAUAUCAACGACAAUAUCUCACUUUACUGCUUACUUUUUUUGUCAAUCCAUAACGAAUACCAUAGAUUAUUCAAGAUCUGAUUGAUAUUAUUUAUUAUGUCAAUUGAACACAGAUGUUUUUAAAUUUUCCUUUAAUGAAGUUCACUCCUUCUGUUGGAAUAGGCUAUACAUAUGAAAUAUAGAUUAAACUACUACUCAUUAUAAUAAUCUGACGUAUAGCUUUUAAAACACAGAUCAAAAUAUAAAUCUGAAUGGUGAUUGGUCAGUGUCAGCCUAUGACGCAAUAAGCGACCAAUGAUAAUUCAGUAUUUCAAAAACUGGGGGUAAGUUUCUUAAAUCAUCCAAAAUCGAAAUUGACUCUCUUAAUCGGAUGUUUAGAAUGGAUUGAUGAACAAUGUUCUCGGGGAAAAUGGAGUGCGAUGAUGUUUUAUUAGACCCAGGAUACUUAGGGUCAAGGGUACUUAGUAUAAGGAUACUUAGUAGUCUUGUUAACGGUUUUCUCCUAAAAUUAAACGGCUUGAACAGGCGAAAUAAAAUGGUACGCUAUAAACGAAAGGCGUGUUUUGCACUAGGAAUAAUAUUGCAUAGUAGCAUUUUAGUUCAGUGUCUCCCAAAGUUUCCUAGAACACAUAAUCUGGGGACUAGACUACGUACGUAAAAUAAUAUGCAUUGUGUUAUGUAAC